AAAUCCCCAACUUUCUCCAUAUAGCUCAGAAGGGAUAUUUGGACUUUCUACAUUUUUUUCUCCCCUACUCUCUACCCCGUCUCAUUGAUGAAAAGAGUUUGUUCAUAAGCAGGGCAAACCUUAAAAGCUGGGACCUCAUUGAAUAAAUGGAAAGCCUAAACACUUCAGAGAAAUUUCAGGUGCUCAGAGGCUAACAGACUCGGGAGAAAGGACCAGGAAUUCCCCUAACCUAGCACGCUUUAGAUGGGGGUGGACCUAAAAAGAAGGGGCGGAGGAAGAGGGAGCGGCGGGAGGAAGGGAAAGGAAAGGAGGGGAAGGAAAGGAAGGCGCACCUCUGACCUAUAGCCCCACGCUCCCGACUGGUACUCAUGCCUAGCAAAGAAGACUGGAAAGGGGAGGCUGAGUGAAAAACCUCGGCGGCGGCAGCAGCGGCAGUGGUGGCCGAGCAGGAGGAGGUGGCGGUGGCGGCAGCAGCGGCGGCGGCUCGGCGGCCAAAGAGGAGGAGGCGGUAGCGGAGGAGGAGAGGGAGGAGGCAGAGGAGGAGGAGGAGGAGGAGGAGGAGCGGCGGCGGAGACUGGUGUGGGGAUGGCGGAGAUACCGCCCGGGCCUAGCAGCCUCCUCCCUCCGCCGCCGCCACCGGCCGCGGCCGAGCCCCGCUGCCCCUUCCCCGCGGGGGCCGCCCCGGUCUGCUGCAGCGAGGACGAAGAGGACGACGAGGAGCACCGAGGAGGAGGAGGAAGAGGAGAAAGCGGAGUCAGGGGCAGGAGCCCGGCCGGCGAGGUCGCUGCCUCCAAGGGGCAUCAGCGUCUCCAUUGCCCGCAGACACUGGCGGCGUCGCUGCCUCCGCCGCCACCGGUGCAGCAGGAACAGCAGCAGCAACUCAACGGGUUGAUCAGCCCCGAGUUGAGGCACCUUCGAGCAGCCGCUUCGCUCAAGAGCAAGAUCGUGGGCGCUGCUGACACGGCGGCCACGGGCCCCGCCACCGACGGGAAACCGAGGGCAACUGCAACCAAAAAAGCUGGGCAGCCCCCCAGUGAAAGACCCCCUCACACUCUCCCCAAUAAUGCAAGAACUGCGCUCCCAAACCCUACAACACCGGCAGCAGCUGUAACAGCAGCAACAAGCGGCCUGGCGUCGGCCCGCAAUGGACUGGCUGGAGGGACUGAGCAAGAGGAGGAGGAAGAUGAAUCGCUGCUGGUGCUCUCCUCGUCCCUGACAGCUGCCUGCAGCUUAACCACCUCCUCUGACAGGGAGGCAGAACCUGAGGAGGAUCGGACGAUACGAUAUGUCCGAUAUGAAUCCGAGCUACAAAUGCCCGAUAUCAUGAGACUGAUCACCAAAGAUCUGUCUGAACCCUACUCCAUUUAUACCUAUAGAUAUUUUAUCCACAACUGGCCACAGCUAUGCUUCUUGGCCGUGGUAGGGGAGGAGUGUGUAGGUGCCAUCGUUUGCAAGUUGGAUAUGCACAAAAAGAUGUUCCGCAGAGGUUAUAUAGCCAUGUUAGCAGUGGAUUCCAAAUACAGAAGAAAUGGCAUUGAAAGAUUCCAGAAAAUUCCUUUGAAACCUAUUAAUACAACUGAACAUAAAUGUACUAACUUGGUUAAGAAAGCUAUUUAUGCCAUGGUUGAAGGAGACUGUGAUGAGGUUGUCUUGGAAACCGAAAUAACAAAUAAAUCUGCUUUGAAACUUUAUGAAAAUCUUGGUUUUGUGCGAGAUAAAAGGCUGUUCAGAUACUAUUUAAAUGGAGUUGAUGCACUGCGUCUUAAACUAUGGCUGCGUUAAAAGAAACUAUGACAUGAAGGAACAACUUCCCAACAGCGCACAGUCGGCCUUUGCAUGCAAUGCAAUUUGUACAGAAUUGCUUUGCAGGUGGAUUUCGUAAUUUCCAUGCAGCUCUUACCUGUCAGUGUCUCAUUGAGUGUCGCACAUAUUUGUUGCACUAUGGCAUGGCACAUUUGUUCUGAAUUAAAAGAUUAUUUCAAACUUCAAAAGUUCUUUUGGUACCAGCAAGAUGUGCCAGUUGCUAGCCAAGAUUUGUUUGUUCAUUUGCAAGUCUACUGACAACGUUAUAUACACAGUGAACAUUUUAUCACAGAACCUGUAUGUGGAACAUAAUUUUUGUUCCUGAAAAAAAGCCAAUUUAGAUUGUAAAAUUCUCUAAGUAUACUAACAUUUCAUACAAAACUUGCCAUAGUUUUCUGGGGGGAGGGAAAGCUUCAAUUUUAGGUUUUAUUUUUCAAUAUUGAAUUUUCCAUUUUUGAAUAUUGGUACCUCAGUGAUUAGUGAAUGAAAAAAGUGUAUUGUAGGGUGGGGUGUGUGUGUUACAAUGAGUAACAGUAACAAUUAAAUUGCGUCUCCCAGUGCCUGUAUAGAUAAGUAUAUUUGUCUUUAUCUCUAAUUUUUUAGUGCAUGCUUUCUUUUUAUUUCCUUUAAAAAUGUCUUUGCAAGAAAACUGCUUUUAUUUAAAUUCUGAAUUUGAUAAUAAAUUAUUUCAGAUUUUAUAAUUUGGAUACUUUUCCCAGGCAAGAGACAGAGCUAUUCUUAUACAACAACAACAACAAAAAUAGAAGCUGUUUGGAAAAUUCUUAAAUAGUUGCUAAAACGGUGUAGGGGUGAAAAGGGUGGGAACUUGAAGGCUCCAGUAAAUUGCUGGGUUUGGAUGCACUUUUUCUUUUUGAUAGGGAUUUUUGGAAAAGAAUAGAAAAUUAAUGUAAAUUGGUAUGAUUUUAUUUAAUCAAAAUUAUUGCUACGAGCUGUGAAAAACAGCUUUUAUAAAGCAGUUGGAACUUUUUUUCACUUGAUUUGGAUCCAGAUUGCUUCAGUGUUCUAAAAUGCUUUGAUAUUCAGUUCUUGGUCUUGGAAAUAAAUUUCAAGGUGUAUUUUAUCCAUUUCAGCUGCUUUUUUUUUUUCCUCUAAGCUAUGUGAGCAAGUUCUGGGGGAGGAGCUAUCUUUUUUUUUUCUCCCUCCUAAAAAUGAAAAGGGAAAAAGAGUGUACAUCCUUUUUUGAAUGAGUUACAAGACUUGUCAAAAAAUCAUCAAUCAUGGUGAUCACUGUGUGAUCCACCAAUCAUCACUGGCUUCCUUGUGUUUUGCUAACUUAUCAAUUGGCACAAUAUAACAGCUUAUUAAAAAUAAAUUGUUUUUCAGUUUUAGCAAUAAACCAGUAUUGGCUUAUUCCUGUAACUGGAAAACCUGAAGUAUCCAUGGAAGGGAUGCACUCACUAUGAAGAAUGUUCUAUAGAAAACAUGCUUUUUCAGAAUUCAGAUUUGCCUUACUAUAUACCUAUACUGUUAGGAUUUGGUUUUAAUUUUAUUUUUUUAAAUCACUAUAAUUACUGUACAUUAAAGAAAACCCUACCUCCAUUAACAUUUGAAAAAGUUCCACUUUCAGGAAAAAAAAAUUAAAGGAAAGCUACUCUUUGCUCAGUAGAAUGCAUUUGAAGUGAACAAGCACUUUUCAAAUAAAAUUAUCAGUUUAUAUAUAUGGUGAAAAUUUUUUUAAAAUUCUGCUUGUGGGUUCAUUUGUCUUUGUUCUAAAGAGAUUUUAUUAUUAAGACUGCCACAUCCUAUUCAUCUGGCACCAUUUUUAAAGGCCCCAUUGUCAAAACAACAAGUACAAUAAAAAAAAAUAGGAUUGGUGCACAUGAACUCACAUAGCACUGUAAGGGUGACAUCCUUUAGAACAGAAUCCUUUUUUAAGGAUAACCUGGCAGUUUUCAUUUAGGCCCUGGCAUUUAAUGAUAUGAAUACUACCAAUCAUAGUGGUACUUUUUAUAUUUUAACUAUAAGGGGAAGUUGAAUUGAAACAACAGACUGAUUGCACAGAAGUCCUUAAGAUUAGUUCAUUACUUUUUUAAAUUGAUGGUUCAGAAGUGAAUGCUUUUAUAAGUUAGUGAAUACUUAGUGGAAUUUGACCACUGUCAUGCAGAGUUGUAAGGAGGAAGGCAAAAUUUCUGCCUCUACACAAAUCAUACUAGCAUUUUAAUUUGUCAAGUCAGUGAAAUAAUGGAUAUAGACCUUUUUUCUUUCAGAUUGACCAGUUUCACUGAACUGACUGAAUCCGUUGGUUGUUUUGGCAUUAUGUAGACAAAGCCUUAAUCACAUAACUUAAGUUGAAAAGUUGCAUGGUAACACAAUUAUUCAACAUAUCCUGUGCAUAUUUGAGACAUUUUUUUCUACACACAAAAAUUAUUUUGCCCAAUUGAAAUUAUUGAACUGUAACAACCCACUAUCAAAAUUAAAACCCCAUUCAGUUCAAAUAAUUUUAGCCUUUAAAAUGGAUAUUUGGGGAGGGUAAAUUAGAGUUUUUUCCCCUGAUUUUACAGUAUUAGGCCCAUUAUUUUGAGGUACUGGACUUUCAUUUGAAUAUAAUUAUAGUACCAUUGAGUUUGUAUUUAUAAAUGACACUGAAAAUCACAUAGCUAAAACUGAGCAAAAUGGGUACAACUUUCUUUUAAAAGAGUAUUGCCUAUUAAAGAUUUACAGUUUGGCAGUUUCCACAGUGCAUAGUUUCAUUACAGGCUAUAAAGAAGCUUGUGCAUGUUAGCAUUAAAAGAAGCUAAUGGGUAUGUACUCUCAUGGUUGAUGUGUGAUCUGAUUGUAAUUCUUGAAUUAGGACCAGAAUACUCAUAAAGCCCUAGUUCAGAAAACAAUGCAAUAGUAUUUCAAGUUAAAACUAGCAACAAAGAAAUGAUUAAUUUCCUUUUUAGAUUUGGUUUUAAGGAUUUCCCUCUCCUCAUUUCUCCCCAACUAUCAUUUGCUUGACAAGUCUACACAAAGGGGUUUGUCUUUGUCACUUAUGUUUUAACUUUACCUUGCACUGUAUGCUGGCAUUGGCUGACAUGUAUAAGUAUGGAUAUGUGUAUCACAGUGGCCCCAAAUCAUGAAAUCCCUCAUUUUCCAGAGGUGGAGAUAUACUCUAAUUGGCAUAGUGCUUCAAAAUUAUUUUUCAUUGCACCAUGACAUCACUAAAAUUGAGUGCUAUAAUGUUACAGGGCUGUCAGGUUUGUAAAAACAUAACCAUAAAUUAUAGUGGAGUUGGAUAUGAGUUGGGUAUCUAUAAAAUAUCACGUGUAUUUCAAAAUAUUGAACUGCUGUUUGAUAAUGCUGCAUUAUUUUCUUUUGUUCCUUAUCCUUUGGAGAAAAGGAUUAUAAUGGAGUUUGAAAUGUGCAAGCUGUCUAAACAAGAUGCAGUCAAAUAAAACAUGGUUAAGUUGUGUUUGCAUUUUUCUUUUAAA